CCCCCGCCUGCCUGGUUACCCUCAAUUGCCACCCACCACGCAGCCUGCUGUUCAGUUGUUGGUCAUCCCUCACUAAUCCCCCUGCCAGCCUUGUCGCCCCACGCAGCCUGCUGUUUGGUCGUUAUUGUGAUGGCAUCCUGGACAAUUUGCAUAUCCCUCUAUUAUUAGUAUAGACUGUUUUUACAACAUUGGAACAGCAAUAAUUGAAAGCUUGGGUGAAAAGAAAUUGUCAACGGAUUAGAAAUGAGAGAUUUCAACAAAAGCUCUUGAUAACGUUACCUCAAGAUAGACCAUCAUGCGUUCAUUGGAACCCCACCUCUAUUAAUUUAAUAAUGCUUAAGUCUGUAAACAUCAGUCAAAUUUGGAUCAUCUGCAUUAAACAAUAUUAUAGUUCUGUCUUGUAAAAGUGUCUCCUUAUUAAGGUAUUUCACAAGGGAAUUUGUCUAUUGAUUCCUGUGACUUUUGCAAAGCUCUUUCUAGCACUGCCACUUUCACCUUAAAUGGGUCCUUGCAACAUCCCCCUAGAAGAGCAGGAUGGGGUCUAACAUCUCCAUUUUGGAGUUAGGAAACAGUCUCUGAGAGGAGAGGUGGCCAGCCAGGGCUCGGAGACUUGAGGAAUGCAUAGGAGGAGUGAUGAGCGCUGAGAUGGGGACAGUGCCUCAUCUCUAUCCAGGUCUGGAAGCAGAUCUCCAGGUCCCUGGGUCAAUCUAAUUGUGGUGUCCACUUAGCAUUCUCCCAACUCAGAGUUGAGGCCUGGAGUUAGAGGCAGUCCCAGGCCUCAAGCAAAUCUCUUUGUAAUUGUAGACAGACUGAGGCAUCCAGCAAUAAUAUGGCACCUUCAUAGGCUACAAAAACAUUCACAUAUGUGCACUCACUUUAUCCUCACAACUAUGAGGUUAAGUAUUCUUAUACCCAUUCUUCAGAUGAGGAAACUGAGACUUAGAGAGGCUGUGAUUGGCCACCUUAAAUUUGAUAGGUAUUAAUUUAGCAGAGUCUGGAUGAAAACCCAGGUCUGUCUGACUCAAGCUGGGGUUUACUGAUCUCAUGUCCAGAGGGUCACCUAGCCACAGCCAGACCAUAAGAAAUGCAGGGAAAGGUAAACCCAGGGGAGCAGGGAGAGUGAAAGAAGGCUUCAUGAAGUGAGACUUUUACCUGGUCUGGGCAAGAAAGACAGAGGGAGCCAGCCGAAGUCACUCUAAGCAAGUGACAAGCUACAGACUGGGAGAAAGAUGUAUAAGCCAUGUAACAAAUGAUUCAAUUCAGCAUAAAGAAAUCCGUAAAUCAAUAAGAACAAGACAAACCACCCAUAAAAAAAGUGGGAAAGAGAUGGGAAACAGCAAUUCACCAGGUAGGAAACCCAUAGAAAAAGGGUAGUCUAACAGCAUGGAGUAGGGGCAGGGCUUUUCAAAUUGUGAUCAGGCUGACAGGCAGGUGAGCAGUUAGGAGCCAGCGGUCCAGGAUUGUGAGAGGGAUAUCUGACUGCCAGUUUAGGUCCGAUCCCCGGGUGCUGAGAGCCUCCAGUCUCAUCACUGACAUGGAGGAAAAAGCACUCCCUGAAAAGAUCCUGAUUUUAAACCCCCACCCCCUACCUGAGGGCUAUUUCUCUCUCUACCUCAGGCUCUUUGUCAAAUGGGGAGGAUUUCAGCAGCCUUGGAGCCUUGCCCUCAGAUGCAGGGUGGGGAGAGGCUGGGCAGGAGCAGGGCCCUCUUGCCCUUUCCUGGCCUGGGAGGCAGCCUGGAAAGGAACUGCCCACAGCGCGGGUGUGGCCAGGCAGGGCCUUCUGUUCUCCCUCCUCCAGGCUGCCCGGGUGACAAGGCAGGGAACCUGAGCUGAAUUCUACACAUCAACUCCAGUGACCAGAGACUAGAGCUGGGAGCUAGGAGCUGGAGACAUGAACAAGGUCUUCCCCCAGGGGGACAUCAAUGGCAACGCUGCUGCUGGGACCAAAGUCCUCCCGGGAGAAGGGGCCCAGGCCUGUGUGACGCUGACGAACAGGACCGGCUUCCUGUGCCAUGACCGGAGGAGCUGCAUCUCGGCCAGCGGGGUCUGUGACGGCGUCCGCACCUGUCCCCACGGCGAGGACGAGGAGGAGGCCUUGUGCCGAGAUGUGCCCCAGAGUCUGCCCGGCUUCCUUGUGGCCCGUUGUGGAAACCCAGCUUCCUGGAUCUACUCAGACCAAAAGUGUGAUGGAACCAACAACUGUGGGGACUGCUCGGAUGAACUGAGCCCAGUGACUGCAUGCCCACCCUGCGGCCCUGGGUGGUGGCGCUGCCCCUCCACUGUCUUCAAGUAUUGCGACUGUAUCCCGAGGAGCCUCUGCCGGGACCGUGUGCAGCACUGCUCCGACUGGUCUGAUGAGUACUCCUGUCCUGGACCCUGAGUGGCACCAGGCCCGAGCAGGACACUGGUUGAAUGGCACUGGUAAUCCUUCACAUGAGCAUCGAAUCGAAGAACAUGAGGGCAGGAAGGAGCCAUCAAGAUCACCUAGUGCAGUGGUCGGCAAACUGCAGCUCAGGGAAACUGUGGCUCGCGAGCCACAUGCGGCUCUUUGGCCCCUUGAGUGUGGCUCUUCCACAAAA